AUGGACGCCACCAGCAGAUGGGCUGCUGCCUUGGCGGCUGGCGCCCUGUUGCUCGCCUCCAGCCUUUCACAGGUUCUUGCAGAUACAGCUUUGCCCGGUGACUGGAACACAGGCAUCGCCACCAACUACGGAGGCGCACAAGACGGCAUGGACCCCUACCAGUUCAGCUAUGGAACCAGCAUUGGCUCGUGCGGCUAUGGCAAGCUGGACAAGAGCAACUAUCCCUUCUGGAGUGUGGGGGCGCUGGCCACUGCAAACCAGUUCUACCAGCAGGGUCCAGUUCAGGGCUGCGGGAUGUGCUUUGAGAUCGAGUGCCUGCAGAAUGCUGGCGGCUUUGCGGGGCGGUGCAACCAGGACCCCAAUGCUCGCACAGUCACCAUCAUGAUCACUGACAGCUGCCCAGAGUGCGCAUCAGACCAUCUUGAUCUCCAGGCGCUGACGUUCAACAAGGUGGCUCCGAUGGCGCUGGGCCGCAUCAACAUGCGCUACCGUCGAGUGGAGUGCAAGCCCCCCUCCGACAUGAAUGUCAUCGUGGACCAGAACCGCGGCUCCGGCGGCUGGAUCCGGCUGCAGGUCAAGGAUGCUGCCAUGCGCGGGUCGGUGAAGCUGGUGCAGAUCAAGGGGCCCAAGACGAAUUGGCAGAGCAUGAACAACGUCUGGGGGGCCUCUUGGGAAUCCACAUCAAUUCCGGACCCCCCUUUGGACUUCCGAAUCCAGGAUGAUACCGGCACUGAGCGGUCAGAGCUCUACAUCCGCCAGCUCAUCUGCUUCAGCAGGAUCUGGAUCUCCGAGCUCAUCCAGUCAGAGCGGCUCAUCAUCCGCCUCAGCUUCUUCCUCUUCGAGCUCAGAGCCCAAGGUGAGCGCGUUCUCAGGCCCGUCAGGGAGCCAGGCUGGGCAGGCGCCAGCUACAGGCAGCCCCGCAUGCAGCACCUCUUUUGGCACAGAUGGCAGCCGGGGGGCGACUGCGUGCGGUGGCAGCCCGUCUCCGACGGGGUCCCCUACCUCGCCUCCCCCGCCGCCCACCCCACCAUCCCCCUACUGGUGGCAGCCGCCCCCGCCGUCUGUGAGCCCGCCGCCACCCACGGCCGCGCCGGCACAGAUGCAGACCCCGCCAUCCCCAUACUGGUGGCAGCCGCCGCCGCCAGCUUCCGGCAGCACAUGGCAGCAGAGCACGCCUGCUCAGGGCCCGAGCACCCCUCCACCCAUGAGUGCGCCUCCCCCCAUGCAGAGCCCGCCGCCUCCCUACUGGAUGCAGCCGCCGCCGCCCUCCCCCGGGUCCUCUCAGAGCCCGCCGCCGCCUUACUGGCAGAUGACAGUCCCUUGAGCAGGACAGCACUGCCUUCAGCGGGUGAUGGAACAGCGCUGGUGCCGCCACCGCCGCAGGCAGGCGCUUCGUCAUCGUCCUACUCAUCGUCCAGCGAACAGUCCAGUGGACAGUCUUGGAGCGCCCCUAGCCCUCCCCCACCGCCGCCACCGCCACCACCGCCGCCCCCCGGCUGGGGCCGACGCAUGCUCAGCUGA